AACAUAUAUACAAACAUACAUUAUCCUUCUCUCAACAUUUUGUGUUCAAUACCAUAACACAUAACACAUAACAUAAGCUCAUUAAUUAACUUGAAGCAAAAGGAAUGACGAUCAAAACCAAUACUUCAGCUUCGGCAACACCUUCUUUCGUCGAUUUCAAUCCUGCUUGUGAUUUGCAAACACAUGAAGGUCUUGAAACCUUGAUCAUCCAUCUCCCUGACUUCAAGAAAAAUCAACUCAAGGUACAAGUCAACAAAGAUGGAGUCCUCAAAGUAAGCGGCGAGAGACCAACAAGUGAAGAUGGAACAAAGCGGCGCCGUUUUGUUAAGGAAACUAAAAUUCCAAAAGGCAGUGAUGUAAACGAAAUUCGAGCUAAGUUCACUGAUGGUCGCCUCCAUGUUACGAUGUCAAAGAAAGUUACACCCCCAACUCCUCAAGUCAUCCAAGAGAAACCCACAUUGACAUCGUCGCCGUCACCUCCUCCACCACAACCGGUGGUUACUGAUCAAAAGCCGGAAGCUGAGGGCGCUCCCAUUUCCGAUGAUCAACCACCAAAGGGUGAUCAUUUGUUUGAGCAUGGAAGUUUCAUGCAAAGGCUACAUUUGCAAGGAAGAAAAGUUGCGGCGUUGGGAUUUGGUGUUGCGGUUGUUACUACAAUGGUGGCAAUUGGAGCUUUUGUGGCUUCUUAAUUAAAAAUAUACUAGUAUGUGCUCGUGCGAUUUAGGGUAACUAUAAAAAGUAUAAAAUUUCUUAAACGAUGUUGUUAAUUGACUACAAUAUUUAUUGUGGCAAUACCAAAACGUAUCUAAAUAUUAUAUGUUUUUAAGAAAAACACAAAAUCCGAAUUAAAAAGCUAAAAAGUAUCUAAAAUUAUGUUUUGUAUACAUGAUGGUCUCAAAAAAAAGGUACGGAGUAUAUGGGUACUUUAAUAUUGUUGAUAUCUACUUGUAAUUAAAUAACGAAAUUCUUCUUCCUAUUUCAUUUAAAAUUGCAGCGACCCAAUUAAUUGGGAGAUUAAAUUUA